UCCGUGCUAAAAUGCACCUUCUCUUCUUUGGAUGCUUCUUUGGUCUUCUUGGGUCUCGAGCUCACUCAUCUCUCUCUAUUCAUGAUGUUUCCCUAUAUGUAAAGCAUGAAAAGGAGUGGGGUUAUCUGGAAGGCUUUUCUUCCUGGAGAAGAUUCCCCUUUCUGGGUUGGUGUUUUCAUACUCAAUACAAAGCCAUUAUAGUGGUAGUUGUAGUCGUGGGUUUCCUGUGCUUUGCUGAGCAAAAUAUUUUUUUGUCUCUGUCCCUCACAGUUUCCAUGUCAGAACCAUUGUUUUCAUGUCUCGAUUAAUUUUUUCAAUAAAGCUAAACAUAUCGGAAAACUUCUGUGAGACUGUACUUGGAAACCCAGUUGAAUCGAAAAAACAAAUGAAAUCUAUAUAAUUUUUUAUUCCUGAUUUUGUUGCUUUGUGAGCUGUGGAGAUUUUGGAACUGCGUAUUUUUGUUUGGUGUUCUUUUUGUCCUUUCUUUUGAGUCUUUGAUGCGGCAGUAGCAGAUUCAGGAUUGUAGAUGUCCUGGGGUUUUGAUAUGUCGGGGUGAAGAUCAGUUUUGCUCUCGUAUACUUGGGAAAUCGGCGACCAUAGCACCAACCAUUACGUGAUUAUCUUCUGCUGCUUUGUGGAUAUUAUCAACUGUCUUUUGCUGUCCCAGAGAUCGAGGAAAAUGGGCUGUGUUGCAUCCACGAUUGAUAAGGAUGAGAGGGUGCAGAUUUGCAAGGAGAGGAAGAAGCUAAUGAAACAGUUGGUUGGGUUUAGGGGAGAAUUUGCAGAUGCCCUAUUGGCUUAUUUGAGAGCAUUGAAGAAUACUGGAGUAACUCUUCGGCAGUUCACUGAGUCGGAGUCAUUGGAGUCACUGGAUCUUGACAAUACCCCUUAUGGCCUGGCAUUGCCUCCCUCGCCACCUCCUCCAUUGCCUCCAUCCCCUCCUCCACCGCCUCCUUUUAGCCCUGAUUUGAGAAAGUUCGAUGAAAAUAAUCGGGAGGAAGAAGCUUCCCAAAAAGGAAGCAUAGAGAUUGAAGAGGAUGAUGAUGAUACCCCAUUGCCUCCUCCAAUCCAGAGCUCGUGGUACUACCCUUGGGAACCUUUUACGCCUUCUUCACCACAUCAUCAUCACAAGAAGAGUGAAGUUGUAGAACUAGUUGAGGAUGAGAAGUGGGUAGAGACUAAGACAGAAUUUGAAGAAGAUCAUAAAGAGGAAGCUAUUGUGAAAUUUGCUGUAAAUCCACUUCGUGAGAAGCCACAGCCUGUAGAAUGGGUUGAUGAUGAUAAUUCAUCAACAAUGAGUGGGCACACUAAAGACACCGCAGAUAUGCCCACGGUAGUAUUGAGGGGCAAGAAGACAUUGGAGGGUAUUAUGAGGGAGUUAGAUGAUUAUUUCCUUAAAGCAUCCGCUGUUGGAAAGGAAAUAGCUGUUCUUGUGGACAUUAAUGGAGGGCACACUUUUCUCUCACAGGGUUUCAAAGAAAACAAUAGGAAGAACUCCGCAAAGGUCUUUAGUGCAUUGUCAUGGAGUUGGUCUUCCAAGUCUCUUCUGGUAACCAAAGAGGUUGUUGAUCUUUGUGGCUCUAGUGAACCAUGCAGGCCUGGAGCUCAUUGCAUUACACUUAAAAAAAUUUAUGCUGCAGAGCAGAGACUUUACAAGGAAGUGAAGGAGGAAGAAAUGACCAAACUAGAGUAUGCGAGGAAGUCCUUAUUACUGCAAAAACAGGAGGAUGAGAACCACGACUGGACCAAGACUGAGAAAACUCGAUUGACUGUUGAGAGUUUGGAGGCUGAAAUAGUACGUCUGCAACAAUCAAUUAGUAGGAUCUGUUCAUCUAUGUUGGAGCUCAUAGAUAACGAGCUAUACCCUCAGCUGGUUAUGCUGACUUCUGGGCUUGUGCAAAUGUGGAAGACAAUGAACGAGUGUCAUCUAGUUCAGAAUCUUAUCUCCCAGCGGUUGAAUCAUCUUCAUGAUAACCCAAGCACGGACUUCAGUACAGAUUACCAUCGCCACGCAGCAGCUCAGCUUGAAACUGAGGUCACUUACUGGUAUAGCAGCUUCUGCAAACUCAUAAAGUCUCAAAGGGAGUAUGUAGGAACCCUCUCCAAGUGGAUUAAACUCAUUGACCGCCUCGAAGAUGACCAUCAACACAGUGGUUACUUAUCUGCAGUCCGCAGCCUAUGUGAAGUUUGGCAGCUUUCCCUUGACAAAUUACCUGAUAAGGUAGCCUCAGAGGCCAUUAAAGGACUUUUGUCUGCCAUCCACUCUGUACUCCUGCAACAGGUAGAGGAAUACAAGCUGCAGAAGAAAUCUGAUAAACUUGACAAAAGAUUGCAAAAGGAGUUACACUCACUAGCCGAGAUGGAGAUAAAACUUGAGGGAAGCUCUCGUGCUGCAAAUACACUCUCCGAUUUGAGCCCUAAGCAUCCUGUAUCGGUGAAGCGUGCCAAAAUGGAAGCGUUAAAGAAGCAAGUGGACGGCGAGAAUGCCAAAUAUCUGAAUGCAGUCCACGUUACGAAGGCCAUGACAGUAAACAACUUGAAAACAAGCCUCCCCAUUGUAUUCCAGGCAUUAAUGGGAUUCUCAAGUGCUUCUGCUCAGGCAAUUGAGGCGGCUGUUCACAGCCAUGUCAAACCGGGAGAUAGCUGUGAUGUUGCUUAACAAAAACCAAGAAGUUGAAUAUUUUUCCAGAUUACAAGAUGAAGUGAAAAUUGGACAGACCUUGUUCCAGGAUAAUAUUUACUUGAGGAUGUUGAUCAAAUCACAGUUCAAAUAUAAUUGCUUUACUGAGGAUAAACAGAAUGUAAUUGUGCUUGCUUGAGGAUACUAUAGAAGAAUGUGAGGGUAUCUUUCCGUUGCAAUGAUGUAAUGAAUUUUGUGCAUGAUUUCUGCCCAUGUAACAGGGCCUUAGAGUAUAUCUCAUGGAAAUGAGGUGCCCAUACACAUAUGCUUUGAUUUUGGAACAUUUGAAGAGGCAUCAGCUUAUUUUCCAUUUACACGUAUAAUGAGAUUGAUGGAA